UGCUGGUCUCUGGAUUGAAGUAUUUCCUCAUAUUAAUGGGGAAACUUCAACCACACCUCAGUGAUCUGGGAAACACAGAGUCAUUUCCACUCUCAGCUCUCUACACAAGAGUUGCUUCACUCCAGCCGCUCACUGGGGCUCUCGUUUUCAUCUAAGAUUCAUCCUGUAACCGCUCUGCCUCAUAUAAACCCCACAGUCCCACAGAAUCAACUGGAAAUCAGGGGCCCAGAAUAACUGAGGGAAUAAGGGGUCUUGUGUGUGUAUAUAUACUUAAAGCAGAGACAUCAACAAGGAUUCUCUCAGUGAUCAGGACUGAGGUUUUUGGACGAGCCACGGCUUAUAUCGCUGAGUGUUGAGGAUUAGAUUCUCUCUCUAUCUUGUCUCUAAACGGCCUGCAGGGUGGCGAGAGAGCGGGGGGAACCCAACCGGUGCAUGCCGGAGAUGAGUGCGUUCUGGCAUAAGAUCGGCUGCUGUGUGGUAGCCAAACCUCCUCCGAAGAAGAAACGGAGGAGAAUUGACCGCAGCAUGAUCGGAGAGCCCACAAAUUUUGUUCAUCUGACACACAUAGGCUCUGGUGAAAUGGCAGAUGGCAUGCAGCCGUCUGGCCCGAUCCAGGAACAAAUGAGAUCCAAAGUGCCUCACGCUAAUGGUCGAAACAGCUUGUUAUAGCCUCUUCACCAGCUUUUUUACUUUUUACCCCAAGCUCCGUAAAGUGUCCUCAGCAGAACCUGUCCAGCUAGCAGCACCGCACCAAUGAGGAGGAGAUAAAGUGCAGAUCCUGAUCACAAAAACGACAACCUCCUUGCUGCAGCUACCAACGUGGACGCUACCUCUGCAGGUUUUUUUAUCUUUUGGAUCCUCCGGAAUGUCUCAGAGGAGACGAACGUCCCGACUCUACUCUAAGACUAUUAUUAAAUUAGGACCGGAUUGUAUGAGAGCGCCUGACAAAGAGUGUGAAUGUGUGGCGUGUGCGUUUGAGACACUGGUUGUGCUUGCUGUGGAAGAGGAAAGGCUCUUAUCGCUUUAACACAGGGGACUAUUUGACUGCCUUCCCAAAGUUAUAACUGGCAUGUUUGUCAUAGUCUGUCAUUGAUAAGGAUGUGCGCAAGUGUGUUUGCUUUUGUUUUGUAAUGGAAAUAUAUGUGCACCUAUACCAUUAUAGUGUCUCCAACUGCUUGUCAUUAACAGUUGCACAAAUUAGUGUAUUAUACAAAGCUGUCUGGUAUGUGUAUAGUAGAUGGAUAUAGUAUGAAAAUAUGGCGCUUUUUAUUUCCGCAUGUCUGAUAUUGCAUUAACAAAUAAUGCGUAAUGGCCUUUAUAUCUCUAAAGGAAUAGUUUUGAAAAUUCCUGAAAUAAAAAUACUCGUUCACCAAAUAAUUUCAAACACAUACACACUUAAAAAUAAAGGUGCUUCACAGCGAUGCCAUAGAAGAUCCUUUUUGUCUAAAUGGUUCCAUAAAGAACCUUUAGCAUCUGAAGAGAUUUUCCGUUUUCACAAAAGGUUCUUUGUGGCAAAAGAAGGUUCUUCAGAUUAUAAAAAGGUAAGAAAGAGAUGGUUCUUUAAAGAACCUUUGACUGAACGGUUCUUUGUGGAACCAAAAAUGGUUCUUCUGUGGCAUCGCUGUGAAGAACCUUUUUAAGCACCUUUUUUCUGUGGAUUUUUUUUCUGUGAUUUAUUAGUACAAUAUCAAUGCAUAGUGAUAUAAUGUAUAAGCUAUAAAAAAUCCAAAAGGGCACCACAAUGGUGGUCCAUAUUCAAAGUUUUCUAAAGUUUUACAUUUGCUUUAUGUGAGGAGCAGACCAAUUUUGUGUCAUUAUUCACUGAUAAUUGUCCCCUCAAGUGAACUGAUAACUUGAGAACUGCAUGCUACAGAAAAAUUGAGUCAAGCAAUAAUACAGCUUCAGACUACUUGGAUUUUUGAGGACCAUAUUUUGUGCUUUUUUUUUAUUAUUUGAAGUUUUUGGAGAGCGUCUAACGGGCACUAAAUUGUAAAAAAUCUGCAUGAAAAUUCUUCAAAAGAAAAAAAAAAAGUUUGAAAUGACAUGAGGGUUGAGUAAUUAAUUUUUAUUUUAGGUGAGUUAUUACUUUAAUCCUUAAGUAUUAGAAAAAGGCUAUUAUCUGUUUAUCUGAGUGGAGACUUUGAACGGUGGCUUCCUGCCAGCAGCGAGCCACUGCCCUUUGUCAUUUAAACAGCACAUUUAGUCUCACUUUCACACAUCAAGCUGCACCCCACACCAGCUUAAACACACGCUCUCUGUUUCCAGUCCUCAAACGGCACCAUGAUUAAAUCACUGAUUUACACACACACACUUUGUAUACUUUACUCUGUACUUUGUUUUUGAAUGCAGCUCAAUGUAGCACAAAGUUGGGCUGAAAUGUUAAACACGAUGUUUUUGCUUGUAAUUGUGAUGUUUUAUUUCAAAUGCAUUGCUUUGCAAGAUCCCAAACUGUAAUUUACUUUGUGUUUGCUGUAAUUUGUUAGGAAAUGUCAUAGGACAAAAUGUGCGUAGCGAACGCUUUCAGACUGUGCAUGUUGCUUUAGAAAUCCAAAUGUUUGAGUAUUUUUAGUGGAAUUGCGUUUCAUUCUUAGCUGACAGUAUAGAGAAACAUGCAGAUGUUUGCAUCUCCGCCAAAGACCUCGACAGCUCCCUUAACUUAAUUAUACAUGUUGCUUGCAGAUUUUCUCACUUUUUGGUUUUAUGUGACUGUUUGCCUUUUUUUUUUUUUUUUUUUAAGUAUCUGUCUUGUUUUUUAAAGCCGUAAUGUUUGUGCAAAGCACUCAUUAGGCUCUUUUUGUCUUUGAUGCUUUUUAUUAUUCUUUACUUUUUUUUUUAAAACAUCUUUUAGUCCAACUGAUUGAUUUUGUUUAAAUGGGAGCAGUAAUAGUGUUCUGUUCAUAUGGCAUGGUGUUAUGUUGAUAAAUCCUUUUGUUGUGUUUUGGUUUGUAACAAUACAGUUGUACAAAGAGCA